AUGGGCACGGACUCUGGCGCGACUAACGGAAAUGAAAUGCUGACACGGACUGGAUAUGACGAAGGUACGAACUGUACAAACGACAUGGCACUCUUGACGGACUCCGAUACAUCACGGAAAGGACUUGUUACGAGAUCGGACACUGACGACACGGCAUGUUUAACGGACUUGCGGAAGGGACCUGAUGGAGGUGAGAAGCGAGCUAUGACUCCUUCUGCCCUACCUCCUCGCGACUUAAAGGGCCGCUCCCUAAGAACGAAGAAAGGCUCUUCUAAGGGGCCACUCUGGGGGGGACUCGGACACUGUCUCCAGGCCGGGGUCCGGGGUCAUUGGAAAAAUACGGGUCGGAGUCCAUAA